AUGACGAAGGCGGAAGACACUCGGCCUCAACUCACCGGGCCCUUCAACUCCCUUGGUCACGCGCCUUUCGUGCAGCCAUCCUCGUACCUUCGCCCUCCAAUGGCCUCCGAGAGACCAAUCGAUCGGGAAGAGCGUCAAGGCCUGCGUGCCAUUCGCAAUUUCCUAAAAGUCCGCACCAGCUACGACGUCCUCCCGCUGAGUUUCCGCCUCAUUAUCUUCGAUACCUCCCUCUCUGUCAAAGAGAGCUUGAAUAUUCUCAUCCAAAAUGGCAUGUGCAUCGUCUCCGCCCCGUUGUGGGACUCUAAGGCUUCGAAAUUCGCAGGUCUUCUGACCACUUCCGACUAUAUCAAUGUGAUUCAGUACUAUUUCCAGAACCCCGCGGCUCUCGACCAGAUCGACCAGUUCCGGUUAGAUAGCUUACGAGAUGUUGAGAAGGCAUUGGGUGUCGCGCCGCCCGAGACAAUCUCCAUUGACCCCGAACGUCCCCUCUAUGAAGCAUGUCGCCGCAUGCUUGAGUCGCGCGCCCGUCGUAUCCCCCUCGUUACCAAUGACAGCCAGACAGACCGCUCCCAUGUUCUCAGCGUCAUUACCCAAUACCGUAUUUUGAAGUUUGUGGCUGUCAACGUUCCCGACACUCAGAUGCUGCGCCGUCCCUUGGGGGAGCUCAAGGUGGGCACGUAUACCAACAUUGCGACAGCGUCGAUGGACACGCCCGUCAUUGAUGUGAUUCAUAUUCUGGUCGAGCGCAGCAUUUCUAGUAUGCCGAUCUUGAAUUCAGAUGGCGUUGUCUACAAUGUCUUCGAGUCGGUAGAUGUUAUUGCGCUGAUUCGAGGUGGCGUCUACGAUGACUUAAGUCUCACCGUGGGAGAGGUGCUGAAGAAGCGAUCACCGGAAUUCCCGGGUAUCUACACCUGCUCACUCAACGACGGACUCGACACUAUUUUCGACACCAUCCGCAAAUCCCGGGUCCACCGUUUAGUCGUUGUAGAUGAGCACUUCAAGCUCAAGGGUGUUCUCACCCUCAGUGAUAUUCUCCACUACAUCCUGCUUGAGGGUGAGACUGAUGAAGUAUGA